UGACGUCAAAGGCGGGAGCUAGAGCUAGCGCCCAUGCAGGCCGCGCUUCUCUGCCCUCCAUUCUCGCCUGGUCCAGCUGGAUUGUGAGAGCUUUCCAAGUUUCUUCUCCCUCAAGUUUCUUCAAGUUCAAUUGCAGCAGAGCAGGUCGGGCGGAUCUGAUUGGGGCUCGAAGGCCCGGGGCGUCUUCGUCCAGGAUUUGACGGGCAAUUGAUCAGACUGUAUUCCGAAGUGCGAGCAAGUUGUUUGGGUUCGUGAGCUUUUGGGACUGGCUGUUUCUCGCGGAGGUGAAGACUUUGCUGCGUAGAAGGAGAAGUUGCUUCUGAUCAAGCUGCAGCGGAUCUUUUCCAAUUUGUUGUUUUAGAGAAGGGGACGUAGUGCAGCCAUCAUGUCGAACGGGUUGGAGACCUCGUUCAGAUUCAACAACCAGGAUAAUGGACUUGUAAUCCAUGCAAAGGAAAACUUCGUCAACAACAAUUGGGGGGCGCUGCUAUUGGUUGAUGGAGCGUUGGACACAAAAGAGGGCACAAUUCGGGCUAAGAUUACGGGCAAGAAGAAGUUUUUCCCAGAUAGGCCGUUCCUGACGUCCGGCGAGGUUGGUGCCACGCUCGAGACGGACACGAAGCAGGUUACGUACUACGCGGCCGGGAAGAAGACGUUCGAUCUGUGGAACGGCGGCCUUACGAGCCUUGACCUCAAGGCAUCGGCGUUCUACCACGUAAACACGGAAAAGGAGGGGCUGAUCAAGAAGAAGGCCAAGGUCGAGUUGUGCCAGAAGAUCUUCAACUUCACGGAGGAGCAGGACCUCAAGCUCAAGCUCGGCUACGAUCUCCUCGAGAAGACCCCAUAUGCUUCCCUCCGAGAAAACCGGUGGAUCCUUCACAGCAAUCUGAAGGACAAGUGGACGGUUGAGUACGAGCUUUAGAUUAGGCACGGUCUGUACUCGCAAGCAGGGAGUCUAGCCUUAUCUACCUAAAGAAAGAAGCCUGCUUGCUAUGCAUUGUAGCAAGCUGUUGGGAUGGCCUUAAGAUAUGAGUGGCAGUUUGGGGACGGUCCUUCGCAGCUGGAAACAGCUGACGAGCUCGGCUUCCGCAAAGCAGCGGAGCGUUUAUUGAUGACCAAAAAGAAGAACGGACUAAAUUGUCGACCUAUCGUUCUUUUGAGUGUAAUUUUAAACCAACGAUACCAAUGGCCUUGGCUCUCCUUAUGCAGCAUCUGCCAGUCAAAACAGCUCACCAUGUCUCUUGCACAAGUUGACAAGGUUGGUUCUGAGUGUUGUUGCCUUGCGGAAGUCCCAAUUGUGGAUCUUCAAAACCUUACUCCAGGC